AUGGGGAAGAAGCCCAAUAACAACAUUGUCGCUAAAAAAGGCAAGCUGCGCAAGGUCCAGAAGCGACCGGCGGCUACAAAGUCAUCUUCGUGGAAGUCCGUCAAGUAUGUGCGCGGCAACGUCACUGUGGGAUCUCGGGGUCAACGCAAAGAUCAAGUCAAAUGGAAACGCACCUUGCCUCAGCUUCUGAAGGCCAACGACUAUGACAUCAUCAAAAUGUUGCUGGCGGACAAGCUUUUGAUGGAUCUUUCCGGAAAGUUGUGCCCCAGAUGUUCAAGUGGAACCUUGUCCAAGCUCCAUACAGGUGGCCCUCAUCACUUGAAGCAUCGUUGCAACAACUACAAGUGCACAGCCGCCAUCACACCCUAUCAUCUUCACCCGCUCUUCUCGGAAUGCAUGGGCCCGCAGAAACAGAGUCUGCAGAUGCAGUCCGCCAUGCUCCUCCUAAAGCUUCACAACGUGCCACAGUCUACAAUCCGUCUUGUGUUGGACAUCAACCACAAAGCCAUCGAAGACAUGGAAGCUGGUGCUUGCUUAGGGAAGAAGCUUUGUAGAUUGCGCAAAGAGUUCGUCGAGAAGGAGGAGAAAAAGAUUGUUUUAGGGAACAAACGCACUUGGGUUGAUGUUGAAGCCGACGAGGCUACUUUUGACAAGCGCGACAUUUCAAAGGACCCUGAUGUCAAGCACCUGAUCUCCAAGCCGAACAACACCACUCUAUGGGAGCAAUGCAUGGGCUGGAAUCGUACAGCGCGGCCAGCCUCGCACAUUCAUCCUCCGCAAGCUGAACCCCAAGCUCACACCCACGAGAGCACCGGGCCCAAGAGCAAUCCGGAAGAUCGAGUGGAAGCGAAGGUUGACGGGGUGAUCCAUGACAGAGUCGUUCACUGCAAGAAGCGCGUCAAAAUCAACGGCAAGUACCAGUGGACAAGCCCGAAGUAUGUCACCAUGGUAACCCACAAAGUGCCAGGCAGCAACAAGAAAUUGAAGGUCAAAUCAGGCACUCAAAUCAUUGACCGAGCCUGGAGGUUUUUGAAGGACCGCAUCGCCAUCAACCAAAAUGUCAAGGCAGGUUCCAGUCUCUUGCGCGCGAAACUGCGGUCAGCACAAUACCCCUGUUGCUCCUAA